AUGAACCUUGUAACGGACCGCAUGGGGAGACCCGUAGGGAGGCUUUCAGCAAGGUGUGGCGGCUUUCGGAGUCCUCCGGCGAACAAGCUAUGCCUCGCGAAUUCAUUAGUUCGUCACGAGCGGCAGUCAAGUAGCGCGACUUUUCAGGCGCCUCAGAACCGCGCUCGUGCGCCGUUAGGUGAUAAACGGACUGCCACGUCACCAUGUCGUGUUAUUGUUACUCGAGCCACCUCAAGAGGAAACGACGGGGAGGGGCGGGAUGAAUCUGCGCGCGCAGCAGCGGAGCAGCUGACGUCACUGCAGAGAUCGCUGACGCAGCUUCUGUGCGUGAUGGGGAAUCUGGCGAGCGCGGUGGGGGAGGUUGCGCAGGCAGCGGGGGAGGUGGCGGAAGCAGCAGUGGCGGAACGGGGAAGCGGAAUGACUGGGCAUGAGCUGGCGCUGGCGCUGCAGCGCGCGUUUGUGCAGGCCCGGAUUGAAGGGCUGGGAAAACCACGGCAGGAAGCUUUGAGUGAUUUCGUGGAUGCCUGCAUGGCAGCACGGGCGCAAUCCCUGGGCUUUAAGGACCUUCAGCUGAAGCUUCUUCUGGCGGAGGCUGCCCUGCCCGUCCCCUUCUCCAUGAUGAGCGGUGCUGGGGAGGAGGGGGAGGGGGGUGGGGCGGCGGGGGAGGCAGGGGGGGAAGCGGGGGAGAGAUUGGGGGAGAGAUUGGGGGAGAGAGAACGAGAAGGAAAGGAGGAGGAUGGUGAGGAGGGUGUGGAAAGUGGGGAGUUAGGGGGAGGGGGCGCGGAGGAGGGAGGAAAGGGAGAGGAGGGAGAGGCGGCUGGGUUGGAAGAGAAGGGAGAGGAGGGAGAGGAGGAGAGGGUGGAGGGGGAUUUGGAUAGUGAUGACGAGAGAAAGAGCAGCGCGCUUAAAGCCCUUCGAGGACCCUUCCUGGCCGAGGUUGGUAUGGAGGGUCGCCUGGGUGGGCAUGCGGUUAUGGGUGCAGGCGUAUGCUCUCUCAACCCCUCUCAACGCCUCUCAACCCCCCUCACCCUCUCUCACCUCACUCUGUCAUCCCUCGUACACAGGAGGUCCGGGGUGUGUGGAGGGAGUGGGGGAGGGGGAGAGAAAGGAGGGUCUGAGAGAGACGCCUAUCGUCCCACCGAUGGGUUUGUGCAGCAGGUGGGUGUGGUGCAUCAGACCAGGGCAGGUACUACAGCUUCGUGUUGGGAGAGCAGGAGAGCCAGGCAACGCCAGUGCCGCCCUCCAUUGCCACCCUCCCAUCAUCCCUCCUCACCCCUCUUCAUCUCUUGUCACUGCUCUUCACCCUUCUUCACCGCUCUUCACCCCUACCAGACCGUCAAGGCAGCAUUUGACCAAGGCAGGGACUACAACUUUGUGCGGAUGGAGCAGGAGAGCCAGCCAACACCGGUGCCCCCCUCCAUAGCCACUCUGCAGCAGACCCAGCUGCUCAUUCUCCUCGCUCUCUCCAAAGGCAUGGCUGCCACCUCAUAA